UUUAGGUGCAAGACCGGCGAACGAGGGGGGCCCGACACGGUUCGAGAUUAAGACCAAACCGGAAAAAACCAGAAGUGGUACAAUUACAAAACCCUUGCCAAGCUGAAGAAAACCCUUACUUCGCUUACUCUUCUUCCAUUUGCUUCCCAUUUUGUCGCCGUAAAGGAUAUUCAAAAGCGGUAGCGGCGGCGAUGGCGGAUAUUUUCCCACCUCUUACGGCGGCACAAGUCGAUGCAAAGAUUAAAGUCGAUGAGAAAGUCGAUUAUUCGAACCUCCCUUGUCCUGUUCCCUAUGAGGAACUCCACCGUGAAGCUCUCAUGUCUUUAAGGUCGGACAAUUUUGAGGGUUUACGCUUUGACUUUACCAGGGCGCUGAAUCAGAAGUUUUCUCUCAGUCAUAGUGUGAUGAUGGGGCCAACCGAAAUUCCCUCUCAGUCAUCUGAAACUAUCAAAAUUCCAACUGCCCAUUAUGAGUUUGGUGCCAAUUAUUAUGACCCAAAGUUGUUGCUCAUCGGAAGGGUAAUGACUGAUGGUAGACUAAGUGCGAGAGUGAAAGCAGAUUUAACUGAGAAGUUAGUUGUGAAGGCGAAUGCUCAGAUAACAAAUGAGCAACAUCAGUCACAAGCAAUGUUCAACUUUGAUUACAUGGGAUCAGACUACAGAGCUCAGCUUCAACUUGGACAGAGUGCCCUAAUUGGAGCAACUUAUAUCCAGAGUGUUACAAACCAUUUAUCCUUGGGUGGUGAAGUUUUCUGGGCUGGUGUGCCUCGAAAAUCGGGAAUAGGCUAUGCUGCUAGAUACGAGACGGAUAAAAUGGUUGCUUCUGCACAAGUUGCUAGCACGGGUGCCGUUGUUAUGAACUAUGUUCAGAAGAUUUCAGAUAAGGUUUCACUUGCCACUGACUUCAUGUACAACUACUUUUCAAGAGAUGUAACAGCUAGUGUGGGUUACGACUAUAUUCUUAGACAGGCUCGUGUGCGGGGAAAGAUCGAUUCCAACGGUGUUGCAUCCGCUCUCCUUGAAGAAAGAUUGAGUAUGGGACUCAAUUUUCUUCUUUCUGCAGAGCUGGAUCAUAAGAAGAAGGACUACAAGUUUGGUUUCGGAUUAACAGUUGGUUAAAAAGACCGCAUAAAAACCGGCACACAAUAAGCCUGGCGCACAGAGCAGAUUGCAGCAGUAGUGGUUUCAGCUGCAGGAUUUCGGUUAAAAUUUAUUCGAUUUCAGUUUAGGCUUUUUGGUGAAGUUGGGAAGAUGAACAAAACAAAGGGCAAUGAUGUUGUGUUGUUAUUUGAGGUUUAGGAUUUGUUUUCCAAGAAGCAUUUUAUAAAAAAAAAGAAGAAGCAAAUGUUUUACUUCCUUGCUUUAAGACCUCGUGAACUUCCAGAGAGGUGUAUCAUUUCAUUUCCUUCCAAUUAAAAAAAGAAUUCGUUGUCUGAUU